AAAAUGUAUCCUCCAGUGAGAUCUUGUGGAGAGAAAGAUCUGCAAGAUAAUGGAAGACGUGAUUUAGAUGAGGAAAUUUGUUCUCGCCUAGAUGAUUACUAUCCAGACUGGAAAGAUCCCAAAGGCACUCACAUGGUCCCUCGCUCUUUCAUAUCUAAGGCAAAAAACUCAGAUUUAGGGGAAAUUACAGAAAAAAAUUUCUUUGACAUUUUGAAAGAAUUUGGUGAAAUUAAGAAGGAACCCAUGUUUGUUAUUCAUUCCUAUAAAUUUAGUGAGUACAUUCCCAUGUGGCAGUCUGGUAAGAUAUCAAGUACUAAGAUGUCAAAUUGGGUAAUGGGUGAACAUGACUUUGUUAUAGUACAUCAUGUCCAUGGGGUUGUGUUUUUCCAAGUAAAAGCAACAAAAACUUCAGGUGGACAUCAUAAAGCUGACAGUCAGAUUCAAAAAGACAAAGUAUCCUUGGAAAGAUUUUUCCAAAAAAUGAUAAAAGCUGGGAUAAUGUCCAAUAAGCAAGUGGGCAAAAUAUUCGACAAAUUCCCAGCAUUUGUGGUAUUGCCAAAUACUCAGCGAGGUCAGUCACUUAGUGCAAAGGACCAUGUACUUUAUCAAGAGGACUGUACCAAUGCACAAACAUUUUCUGAAUGGUGGUACGGCAAGUUCCCAGAAAGUGAAAAACAUCCAAAAAUUGAUCAAACCAUCUAUGAGUAUCUGGUAAUGAGAUUUGUUGGCAUGGUCCAUGUCAGUCCACUCCUUGACAAUUGCAUUAACCACAUUGAAAAGACUUUGAUGUUCAAAACAGUAGAACAAGUGGAGUUGCUGGUUGGUCAUUAUCCUCCCAAACUGUGGAUUAGGGGUCCAGCUGGAAGUGGCAAGACAAUGCUAUUGCUGGAGAAGGCAAAAUCUUUGGCAAGUUCCAUUCUAGAGCAUAAAAAAAAUGAGAAUAUUCUUAUUGUAUGCUUCAAUGCUGUGUUAUGCAAGAAGUUACAGUCAGUGCUUGAAACCCAACUAGUAAAGUCUCCUGAUAAAAGUGUGAUAAGGAACUUCUUAGAUGUUAAAACAUUUUCUAAACUUAUCAUUGAUGUUACUGGCUCACGCCAAAUUCCAUUAAGUAACAAUGAGAAAGAGGCGGCUGUUAGCUCUGCCUUCGAGCGGCUCUCAACCCAGACAUCAGAUUUCCGUGGAAAGUAUGACCACAUUUUGGUAGAUGAAGGUCAAGACUUGUUUGGAAGUAAGUGGCCAGAUCUUCUUGAACUGAUGCACAAGAGCUCUGUGACACCUAAUGUCAAUGAAGAGGCUGAGCUAGAAGACUUGAUGAAGCCUACUGGGUUUUUCUGGGUCAUGUAUGACACAAAUCAAUACCUAUACUUCUCUAAAGAGCUGCUGAAAUUGUUCUCAGGAUAUCUCCAAAACAGUGCAGAGCUCAAGAAAGUGCUUCGCAACACAGGAAAUAUUUUCAAGCAGUCAGAGAAGUACUUUAAAUCAUUGAUGACAUCUGAAAAUGGCAUUACACUUGGUCAUCAAGAAUAUGGCUUACCAAUCAAAUGGGAUACUUCUCUGGAAAGCAAAGUGAUCUCAGACGACAAAGGUGCCAGCACAAUCAUUCCUCAUUUGAAAGAUCUACGUAGAGAACAUGUUCAAGAAAGGGACAUUUGUAUUCUUGUUGAAACAGCAGCCAAAAGAAAAUCUUUCAGACAGGCACUUUCAAAAAAUAGCGUUGAAACCCAAACUGCAGACAACUUAGUUGAGAAGAAUGACAACAAGAUUGUGGUGGAAAGCAUUAGGUGCUUCAAGGGCCUUGAAUCUAAAGUGGUUAUCUUGUAUAAUCCUCCAUACGAAGAUGAUUCAGAAAGAAAUGGAUGUGCUAAAGAGUUGCUAUACACUGCAGUAUCCAGGUGUUGUUGUUAUCUCAUUGUCAUAACUACAAAGGCUGGUGGUGAGGCUUUAAUUUCAGCUCAAGGGGUUCAAGAGACGACUGACAAUAGAGCACAACAGGUUCCACAACAAUUUCCAACCUCGUCACAUUUGGACUCAAACAGGGAGCCAUUCCAAUCCCCAAUGGACAUUGAUACAGAGUGACUCACUAAUUGUGAUCAAUCUACAUAUAAGUUGUCACACUUCCUUUCUAGUGAGGAGGUUAUUUAAGGUGAUCAACUGGUGCAAAUUUUCCUUUUUAUGUUAAAAGAUAACUUGAAGUUGUAAAAUGUACCCACUACUUCUGGCUAUAUGAUUGCCAGUAUAGAAUAAUAACCAAUGUGUACUACAAACUUGACAACCGUUUGCCGACAGUCGUACUGAAAUGAUCAGAGUAUUUACUGCUUACCUGUUGCCCGGAUUUAUAUAUGCUGUAUUCAAGGAAAUUUAAGAAAACUCGCCAUAGAAGUAAAUGAACCGAAAAUUAUUAUUGAACUGUUAAGUUAGGAUUAGAUUUCUCGGUUACCCAAUGGAGUUUAAAGCAUUUGUAAUUAGGCUUGUUUUAAGAACCCCAUAGGUUCGCUUACAUCCAUUCUUAGCUCUCAUGGGCAUUUAUUUCGCUUUUGUAGUUCCUUCUAUUAAUUAUGAGAUUGCAUUUAGUGAAUAGAAUCUUU